AUGGCUUGUAUCAAAUCAUUAAUAAUAAAUUUUUUAUCAUUGACUUUAAUUCCAUUAGUUCUAGCGAGUUCCAAUAAUAAUGCCUCUAUUAUAGAUACUCCGAAAGUUGUAACUCAUGUUAGUAAUUUAACUUACUUCUAUGAUUUAGUUAAUAGUCAAGAGUCUUAUACAGUGAUCAAAUAUUACACUACCUGGUGUAGCCACUGUAAGCAUUUAAGUCCAAUUUUCGAAAAGGUGGGUCAGCAAUUUGGUAACGAAGGUAAAAAGAAUAUUAAUUUUAUUGAAGUUGAUUGUGAUGAAUUUGGAUCACUUUGCAGAAAAUUAGAUGGAUUUCCCAUGAUUCAAUUAAUUAAACGCAGAUUAACUCCAAAUCCAAAUGUUUUGGCUGAUAUUGAUAAAGAACGUCUUUACAAACGUCUAUGGAUUAAAUUCAAAUAUGCCUUUAAGAACCCAGAUUGGAAAAUUGAUCAUGAAUAUUCUGUUUUUUUCCAAGGUAAAAGAAAUGCUGAAAAUAUUUAUAAUUUUAUUGAUGUCUUGAUUCAAAAUCACGAAAAUUAUUCGAUGGUAAAGAAGGUUAUUGAUAAUAAGUUUGUUUGUGAAGAUGAUAGUGCAUGCAAAAUAGGUAAAACGUUCUAUCAAGACAUCAUCGCACCAAUAGUUCAUUCUGAAACUUCUUCGAAGGAAAGUAUUGCUAAACAUUUGAUCGACGAGAGAGAAAAAAUUGACUUGAACGCUGAACUACAGAAUGAAAUUAAAAAAUUACAAGAAGGUAUUGUUGAUUAUUUUAUAGAUGCUCUAGGUGAAGAUUAUUUCAUGGAAGAAGCUUCCAAAAAUGAGGUACUAGAAAAGGAAGCUCCUCAGAACGAUGAAUUGUAA